CUUGUUGUUCCCCAAACUUCAUCGUGUCCUUCUUCCUAUGGAUUACGUCAAGAUAGUAGAUGUAUAUGUUUGAUUUCAAAUAUCCCAACCUCGAUCACAUUGACACUCUCUAUUCUUCAUUCGAUCUACAUACCUAGGUCCAACCUCCAUGGAUCGGUAACAACUGCAUACAGCGAGCCUCAGUCCUAUUCCCCGUCCUCUCCUCCCCUGCACAGGGCCUCCAGCCAUCAUGGACCCCGAAGACGUUUUUGCCCAGGAGGCACAAGAGGAGGUCCUUCUCUCAGAAGAAAACAAUCGCCGCACUCGCGACUCCAAAAUUGUCAAUUCAGCCACAAGUUAUGCGCCAGAAGACCAAGAUCCAGACGAUGAAUCCAGUCCAUUGAUCGGUCAAGACGAAACCCGAAGACCCUCCAACCCGCGGGCCACUGAUAGCUACAUUCGAGCCCUCAACGAACCAUGGGCCGGUUCCCAUGGCUCGAGAAACAAGCCAUGGUAUAGAACGCCAUCGAUCUUCUGGCUCCUGCCUGCAUUUUUUCCCUUCUGCGUCGCAUUCGGAGGCAUCAUCGUUCCAAAGACCUACCUCAUUCUCAACCUCAUUUGCGAUAGAUACCUCUCCGAUCAAGCUUCCAAGAAUCCUAACUUUGAAUACUUUCCUGUCAUGCCCGGCGACGACAAUCCACUGUGUCGAGAUGCCCACGUCCAGGCUCUCGUCGCAAGGUUCAACCUAUACAUCAAUCUAAUGAGUGGCAUCUUCUCCGCCAUUGUUUCUCCCCAACUUGGAGCGCUCUCAGAUCGCAUUGGACGCAAAAAGGUUCUGGUGUGCGCAUCUUUUGGCGCCUUUUUCAGCGACAUCAUCACCAUCAUUAUCGGUUCCAAUCCGGGAAAAGUCUCGGUCUACUGGAUGCUCCUCGGUGCUCUCAUUGACGGCUUAUGUGGCUCCUUCACCGCCGGAAUGGCAUUGGCCUUUGCAUAUGCUGCCGAUUGUACCUCCCCCGAGAGACGAAAUGUCGCUUUUGGCUAUUUCCAUGGCACUUUGUUCGCCGGUAUCGCCUUGGGCCCACUUAUAGCAGGCAAAUUGAUCCAAGUCAGCGGUACCGUCAUGAUUGCGUUUUAUGUUGCAUUGGCUUGUAACGCCUUCUUCAUCAUCUUCAUCGCCUUAUUCGUUCCCGAGUCUCUGUCCAAAGAGCGUCAAUUGGUCGCACGCGAAAAGCGCCGUGUUGCCCAAGAGGCAUCCCCCCACAAAGAUUGGGUGGCCAAGCUCAAGAACUACAACAUCUUCGAACCACUCUGGGUCUUACGACCAACCGGGUCAGGCACUUCUUCAAGUCUUCGUCGCAAUCUUUUCGUCCUUGCAGCCAUUGACACCAUGAUGUUUGGCGUCGCCAUGGGCACCAUGCAAAUCAUCCUCAUCUAUGCCGAAUUUCGUUUCGGAUGGAAUGCUGUAGCCUCGAGCCAAUUUCUCUCUGUUGCCAAUAUAUGUCGAGUCACUGGUCUCCUGGUCAUCCUACCCACAUUGACUCGCAUCUUCCGUGGAAGAACGAGAUCGCAGUCUGCCGGUCACAAAGGUGCCGACAAACUCGAUGUCAAUAUCAUCCGCGUAGCCAUCAUCUUCGACCUCCUCGGGUACAUUGGAUAUGCAUUCGCCCCUACAGGCGCCGUCAUGUUUCUCUCUGGUAUGAUUGCGUCCUUGGGAGGGAUGGGCUCGCCAACACUGCAGUCUGCACUGACGAAGCAUAUUCCAGCUGACAGGACCGGUCAAGUCCUUGGUGCUUCUGGUCUUUUGCAUGCUUUGGCGCGCAUUGUGGCACCCACUGUUUUCAAUGCCAUUUACAUGGGAACGGUUGGUAUAUAUGCCGGCAUUGUCUUCAUCUGCCUGGCCUCCAUUUUCGUCGUGAGUUUUAUUCUCAGUUUCGUCUUGAAGACUGGACUCUUUCUACCAGAUUCUCCCGUUGGCGUUGGUGAUGAAGCAGAAGAGGAUGAAGAUCUUAUUCCAACUGGCUCUGACACCUGAUAUGACCUGUCUCUCUCUGCGAUAAUUUAAUUUCUAGCAUCUGUGUCGACAUAACAUGCGCACCUUAUCCUUUGUACAUACACAGAGCUUUGUUGAUACCUUUUGGAUUAUUAUAGCUUAUAGCACGAUGGUGGUUACGUGGCAUACCGGAGUCGUCCAUUCAUUGCCAAUUAUUGCCUUCAGUUUACAAUUGCACAUACUUGAUACAUCAAUGGUCAAAGACAAAAUCAUUCUUUAA